AGCUGCCCAGGCGCGCCACCGCACUCCUGUCCAGUCCCCUCAGCAGCAGGUGCGCGUUUCUGGCGCUUCAGCCCAACUUCGCAGACUUAAAGCAACAUGGCAGACGAGAAUAUAUAUGAGAAAAUAGACGAGGAGAACUUGUAUGAAAAGCCAUUUGACGAGCCGGACGUCUCUGCUCAAAAGGAACCCAAGUAUGAGAACCAAAGCGCGUUUGCGGAAAACAGCGCACCAGCCACAGAGCCGAUUUACAGCGAGAUUGACGCGCAGAACAAGUCAGGAAGAAGUUUCUCUCCGGAAUACAUGAACACUAACAUAGCAUCUGAGGAGGCAGAGGAAAUCCAGACUGAAGCUCAAAACGGUGUAGGUUUGUAUGAGGUUCCAGCAGGGGAAAAUGAAGAAGAAGAAGAAAAAGAAGUGUCGUCCAGACGCUCGUCGUCCACUGAGCGCCACUGUGAAGAGCCGUGUGAUGGAGAACAGCUUCAGGAAGACGCGUACGAAGACAACGCUGAGGAUGGGAUGAUGAUGGCUUUCUCACUGCCGAAGGGCAGAGCCGCAGAAACAGAGGAAGAAGUGGUGGACUACAGUCUCAAACCAGUGCAAAACAGCAGUGUUGAAGAUGAGGAGAAACCCGUGGAUCCCAGUCAGCCUGACGUUGCGCUCUUUGUUAAGGCUGGGAGUGAUGGGGAGAGCAUUGGGAAUUGCCCAUUUUCUCAACGCCUCUUCAUGAUCCUCUGGCUCAAAGGAGUUGUCUUCAACGUCACCACUGUGGACCUGAAGAGGAAGCCAGCCGACCUGCAUAACCUGGCUCCAGGCACACACCCUCCUUUUCUCACGUACAAUGGUGAGGUCAAGACAGACAUCAACAAAAUUGAGGAGUUUUUAGAAGAAGUGUUAGCACCACCCAAAUACCCCAAGCUGGCAGCCAAGCACAGGGAGUCCAACACAGCAGGGAUUGACAUAUUUGCAAAGUUCUCAGCUUACAUCAAAAACUCAAGGCCAGAAGCCAAUGGAGGGUUGGAGAAAAAUCUGACAAAAGCCAUAAAGAAGCUGGACGACUACCUGAACAGCCCGCUGCCUGAGGAGAUAGACGCAGACAGCAUGGAGGAAGAGAAAAGCUCAAACCGCAAGUUCCUGGAUGGCAACGAACUCACUCUGGCAGACUGCAAUCUCCUGCCAAAACUCUUCAUAGUCAAGGUUGUGGCCAAGAAGUAUCGCAACUACGAUAUUCCUGCUGAUAUGACAGGAGUGUGGCGCUACCUGAACAGUGCCUACGCUCGAGAUGAGUUCACCAACACCUGUCCUGCAGAAAAAGAGAUCGAACUGGCCUACCUGGAUGUAGCCAAAAGGCUGGUGAAAUAAAGCUUGUGGCACAACUAUCAGAGCAAUUAGACUUUAUAGGUGCAGUCAGAAAUAGACUGUACUGGUUUUAUAGAAUUUAGUUUUGUAUCAUUGAAAACAGAUCUUGCAAUGAAACCGCUCUGGUUAGCCAGAAUUCUGUUCUGCAACACUAAAUAAAGAAAUAUGAUGACUCAGUGCAGGCCAGAGAAGUCUCAUUCCCCUGUAGUGAUUGUGUCUAAACUGUGAUCUGUCCAGGCUAGAUGAAUUGUUUUCCACAAGUUUUUUUGUCAGCUAUUUGCUGCAUACCUUCUAUUUAAACAGAUUGUUGUCGUGUAAUAAAGAUAUUAUUUGUCAAUGA